UAUAUGGUGGAUUACAAAGGAGAUAGAAUAGUUUUUGAAAAUAAUAAGUCAAAAUAUGGUGGAUGGAAAUCAGCUGGUUUGAUAAUUAUAGUUGACAUUGCAGAAUGUAUGGCUUACUAUGGAAUAUCUGCAAACCUUAUUACUUAUCUAACCGGUCCUCUAGGCCAAUCAACAGUUACAGCAGCAGCAAAUGUUAAUACUUGGGUCGGAUUUAUAUGGAUGCUUCCAGUUUUUGGUGCUGUUGUUGCUGAUUCUUUUCUUGGAAGAUUUCGUACUAUCAUCAUCUCCACUCUCAUCUAUGUUCUGGGACUCGGGUUGUUAACCUUAUCAGUUGUGCUCCCUUCUCUUAUAGGCCCGCGCGACUGCCUACUUGACAGCAAUAGCAUCUAUUGCACGUUUCCGUCUUUUCAGGUCAUUUUUUUCUUCUGUUCUUUGUAUCUGGUAGCUUUUGGAAGAGCUGGAUUUAAACCUUGCGUACAAGCAUUUGGGGCUGAUCAAUUUGAUGCAAGAAAUCCAGAGGAGUGCAAGUCUAAGAGCUCAUUCUUCAAUUGGUGGUAUUUUGGGAUAUGUCUUGGUAGUAGUAUUUCUCGGCUGUUCUUGACUUACAUUCAAGAUAAUGUGAGCUGGAGUCUCGCAUUCGGAAUUUCAACAAUUUCUUUGGUAGUGGCACUAAUUGUAUUCUUGCUGGGAACACCAACUUAUCGGUACAGUGUAAAAAAGGAAAAUGAAAACCCGAUACUUAGAAUAACCCAAGUUUUUGUUGCAGCUGCUAGAAAUCGGAAACAAAACGAUGCAUCCAAAGAUGGAGAAAUCUCAAACUCCCGCGGUAUACGUGUUGGUGUUCAUCAAUUCAGGUUUUUGGACAAAGCUUUAAUCAAUCCGAUAAACUCAACGAAAAAUGCAAGACAAUGUAGCAUUGCUCAAGUAGAAGACGCAAAGAUGACACUGCGCUUGGUUCCAAUAUGGAUUUCAUGUUUAAUAUACGCAGUAGUGUUUGCUCAAUCCACUACUUUCUUCGUUAAGCAGGGCAACACAAUGGAUAGAUCAAUUGGUACCAGCUUUCAGAUACCUGCUGCUGCAUUACAAAUUCUAAUAAAUGUGUCUAUAUUUAUCUUCAUCCCUUUAUACGAUUUCGCGUUAGUUCCUUUUGCUCGUAUCAUCACUGGCAAGCCUAACGGUAUCACAAUGCUUCAGAGGAUUGGUUUCGGAAUGUUCCUAUCCACAUUGUCCAUGGUUAUAGCAGCUGUAAUUGAAAAGAGACGGCUUUUAGUUGCACUAAAUUUUGGAUUGAUAGACAGACCAGAAGUACCGGUUCCUAUGAGCGUGUGGUGGUUAUCUCCUCAAUAUCUUUUGAUCGGACUUGCAGAUGUUUUCGCUACGGUUGGUUUGCAAGAAUUCUUCUAUGACCAGGUUCCAGAUAGUUUGAGGAGUAUAGGGAUCUCUCUUUACUUAAGCGUCCUAGGUGUAGGGAGCUUCCUUAGUGGAUCUCUGAUAUCAAUAAUUGAGCACAUAACCGGGGGAUCAAGUAGUCACUACAGUUGGUUCUCGAAUAACCUCAAUCGAGCUCAUCUUGACUACUUCUAUUGGCUUUUAGCUGGACUCAGUCUGGUAGAGCUGGUUGCUUUCUUAUACUUGUCAAAAGUUUAUCUUUAUAAGCGUGGAACAUCGUCAUGA